AUGACUUCCUCAGACGUCAACUUCUCACAACUACAAAGCCAACAAAAUGUUCCGGCCGAAUUCUUCUGGCCGGAGAAAGAUGUGGCCCCUUCAGAAGGCGACCUCGACCUCCCAAUCAUCGACCUAAGUGGGUUCCUGAAUGGCGAUGAGGCGAAGACACAGCUUGCAGCUAAGGCUGUGAGAGAAGCGUGCAUGGCUCACGGUACGUUUCUAGUAAUCAAUCAUGGCUUCAAGUCCGGCUUGGCCGAGAAAGCGCUUGAGACCUCGAGUUUGUUCUUUGGGCUAUCCAAUGAUGAGAAGCGAAAGGCUCACAGGAUCCCUGGGAAUAUCUCUGGCUAUACCGCUGGUCAUAGCCAGAGAUUCUCCUCCAAUCUUCCAUGGAAUGAGACUUUGACUUUGGCUUUCAAGAACGGUCCACCUCAGGUCAUUGAAGAAUUUUUAACAUCAAGGCUAGGCAACGAUCACCAAGAGAUCGGUCAAGUGUUUCAAGAGUUUUGUGAGGCAAUGAACGGUUUGACUAUGGAGUUGAUGGAGCUACUGGGAAUAAGUAUGGGUUUAAAAGACCGGACAUAUUACCGGAGAUUCUUCGAAGACGGGAAUGCCAUUUUCAGGUGCAACUACUAUCCGCCGUGCAAGCAGCCGGAAAAAGCCCUUGGUGUUGGUCCCCAUAAUGACCCAACGGCUAUAACCGUUUUACUGCAAGACGAUGUUGUGGGUUUGGACGUCUUUGCCGGAGGUAAGUGGCAGACCGUGCGCCCUCGUCCCGGGGCUCUUGUCGUCAACGUUGGAGACACCUUCAUGGCAUUGUCAAACGGGAACUACAAGAGCUGUUUCCACAGGGCAGUGGUUAACGUGGAGAAAGUGAGAAGAUCGUUGGUGUACUUCUCUUGUCCUAGAGAAGACAAGCUCAUUGUUCCUCCUCCUGAACUUGUAGAAGGCGAAGAAGCUUCUAGAAACUACCCUGACUUCACUUGGGCUCAGCUCAAGAGAUUCACCCAGUCUGGCUAUCGAGUCGACAACAACACUAUCCAGAACUUCUCUUCUUGGCUCGCCUCUGACUCCGCCAAGAACUAA